AGGAACCAAACUCAAAAGGGAAACCAUUCUCAUUUGGGUGGCACCGAAUGUCCAUUAACUUCAGUUCCAUCGUUUUUUAGGUGUACUGUUUAGGGAUGGGUGCUUAAAUGCAGGACUGUUCAUGCAAACUAUGUUCCUGAGCCAAAGUAAUAAACUGUUGAUAUUAAUUACAGUCCAAAUCGAUCCUCAAAGCUGUUCAUGUGGAACCAUCCUCAGCUGUACAAAGCGGUCCCCAAUUGAAUAGAAUCCUAUUCAGAUGUAGGGAUGAAUUAGGUAGACCUGAAGAGAAGAAGGAUCACUGGUUCCUCAGCAUUGAUGAGCAUUAGUGAGAUCAAGGGCUGAUGAUGGAUGAGGAGAUCUGGAAUGCAGUAGGUGUUCCAAAAGAUGUUCAGCAUGAUUGAGGUCAGGGGUCUGUAUAGGAUACUUGAGUCAGUUCAUGGAGCUCAUGGAUCAGGUUUGGGCCUCUUAUAUCCAAUGAUCUAAAAUUGUAACAUUAAAGCAUUGAUGAACAACCUACACAAUGGUGUGGCUACAGUUUGGUGAAGAUCAGCAUACCUGUGUGACUUUCAUGAUUUUUAUCUAAUGGUGUCCAUAACGAUGGACUAACCAGACUCACAAAAUACACUGUGGUGAUUUUUGUAGAUGUUCUUCAAGUCUACAUUGUUAUAUAGGGUUUUUUCUUUUAUUGAUUGUUUAUUUCUAUAGGUUUUGAAAUAAUGUAAAAUUGUGUUUUGAACAUGAUGAAGGUGGAAGAAGGAGAAAAAUAUAUAUAUUUUAAAAAGUAGUUCUUCAAUUGAAUAUUUAUAUUUCCCCAAACCUGGUCCUGGAGAACCUCCUGUCCUGUGCAUUUCAGUGUGUUCCCUGCUCUAACACUCAGGAGGAGUAGGAAGAAGGGAUGAGGAUCAGGUCUGAGAACCUGUGACUAAUACUUUCUUCAUUUUUCUUUCUUUUUUUUUUCAAGACACUGAAACAUUUGUAUCGUGUUGCAGUGCUGCCUGCCUGAAAAGAAGACCACGUAGAGCUUUUCUUCCAUUAGCAUUGCCCACUGUGACUGGAGUCGUGACGCAGAGCGCGUAGAAAAACGUGUUGUAAAAACGGGAGCCGGUCCGCACAAUCUGCGCGCAUGAUCUUCGUGAAUAGUGUCCCUCUGUUUGUCCCGCAAACGUGCUCGAAAGCUCCGGACUCUAGAGGUCUCCAUCCUCCGUCCAGCAUCAUCAUCCUCCUCCUCCUCCAGCACCGCGCGCUCCAGUCCCAAGCAUCAGCUCGUGAAAGGACAAAGCCUGGGACGCUUCGAUUUCUCGAGCAGGACGCAUGGAAGCGUCCCGGGGACCCUGAUUUGUCCUUUAAAGACGGCAGGACAGAAGAAGAGGAGGAGAGACAUGGAUGCGUCGUUCACCAUAUCUUAAACACAAGUCCUGUCCUUGGCGCGCGGGACCUAGCUCCAUUUGUUUGGUGUGUGUGCGCGCGCGCAUGUGCGUGUGUGUGUGUGUGUGUGUGUGUUCCUCAUCCAAAAUAGUGCUGCUGGAUUGUGCAGGAGCUUUGGCGCGCUGUAGCGCAUUGAAGCGCUUUGUUUCCAAGCCCAAAGGACUUCUGUCCCCUCCGCCCUGAGCCGCGAUGUCUUCCUCAUCCCGGUCCUUGUUCCUCGUGCUGCUCAGUGUACUCACUGCCGAAGCUCAGACAGAAAUGAAGAAGGUUGUUGGGGACAACACGACGCUGCCGUGCCAUCACCAGUUCCGGCAGUCAAACGGACAGACGCUGGACAUCGAGUGGAUCCUGCAGAAACCCAACAUGAAACAGCGUGUGAUUAUCACGUUUUUCAACAACGAGGUCUACACCAACGAUAACCAAGCAAGCCGCCUGUCCUUCGCCGGAGACUACCUGAACGGAGACGCCUCACUUCUUAUCAACGAUCUGCAGCUGAGCGACUCGGGCGAGUACAACUGCAAAGUGAAGACAGGAGGGAAGUACCUUUGGAGCCAGGUCAAUCUCGUGGUCCUGGUGAAGCCGUCUAAGCCGCGAUGUUGGAUGGAAGGGCACUUGCUUGAGGGCAGCGAUGUGAGACUGAGCUGUAAGUCUUCUGACGGCUCUGACCCCAUCUACUACAAGUGGGAGAGAGUUCUGGACAAGGGCAAAAGCGUGGGAAAGCUGCCGGAGUUUGCUCUCAUCGAUCUGAAGAACCCGGAGAUUGUAACGUUGAGGAACCUGAGUCAGAAUAGCUCGGGUGUGUACAGGUGUACAGCCAGUAACGAUGUGGGAGAAGAGAACUGCAUCAUCGAAGUUACUAUGCAGUACGUCCGAGGUGUUGGCGUGGUAGCCGGUGCUGUCGUCGGUGUGUCCUUCGGCGUCCUCAUCAUCAUCCUCAUCAUCUGGCUGGUGUUCCGCAAGAAAGAAAAGAAGAAGUACGAGGAGGAGGAGACACCCAAUGAGAUCAGAGAGGAUGCAGAGGCUCCAAAAGCAAAGCUUGUUAAACCCAACUCGCUGUCAUCCUCUCGCUCGGGCAGCUCUCGUUCUGGUGCUUCGUCCACCCAGUCCAUGGUGCAUAACACGGCUCCCCGUAGCCAGCGACCCCGGCCCCCGGCUAUCUGCACCCUCAAGGAGAACGGUCAACCUCCAGAGUUCUUGCACUCCUCCCCAGAACCGCCUACCACCCCCAAAUUCAGGCUGCCGAAUCCAUCUGUGGGCUUGGCCGUGCCUUCAACGGGGACCCUGAUGCCCCCGCAGAGCAAAGCCUUUCAGACUGUUUAGGGGAAAGGAAAACAAACAUAUCUGGACAAGAAAUACACACUGACUUGUCCGACUGCAGUUAUGUCAGUUAAUGCAACUACCAUGUAAAAAAAAUUACAAGAAAAAAAAAUAGGCAUAAUAUGAAGAAUUAAUACUCUAACGAAUGCAUACAUUACAUAAAAAAUGUUAAGUGCUUGCUCGCUGCUGAACUGUACAAAAAAAAACAUUUUCCUGUCACUCCCUAUCUCUUUCUCUGUCUCUACAUCCUGCGCUCUUUGCCUGUCUGAAGUUACCUUAUGUUAUUUUUAUCAUUUUAUUGUUUGUUGGUUUUUUUUUUUAUUUUCUUUUUCGACUUUGGAGGCUUAUUGAGCGACGAGGUGGAAAGAUUUGCCCCAAGUGACACUUUAUUUAUUUAUUGAAAGUGAAGGGGCAGAGAACGCCGGGGCGACUCGAGUUUAUGAAA